AUGUCCUUCGGAGCAGACGAGCAAGGUCCAAGCAGUAUCAUGACAAAUGAAUGUGAUGAUGAACACGCAAUCUAUCCUGAAAGGCGGCGCUCCUUUUUCCGCCAGUAUGCCGUUGCAGUACUUUGCUUUCUGUUCACCCUUGGCGGUCUCGUGAUAACAGCAGUAAAUAUCACCUCAACCCCAAGUUCAGACUCGGACGUGAUCCAUUGGAAGCCCUCUGCAUCAUUAUUGCCGAAGUUACCCUCGUUCUCAUCCUCACAUGGCUCAUCAACACAUGUUUACGACCCGUCGGCUCAUGUCAUGACUGGGAUAAUGAAGUCUCCUUGUGGCAACACCACUGCGGAAGCCAAGGCUCGAGGCUGUCAUUUUGAUAUCAUCACGUUUUGCUGGCUACCCCAUCGCUGCUAUGAUAAUGAGUUAUCAAAGUCGUUUGAGCAGCUCGUCGACUGGAAGUGGUAUCUCGAUCGGAACAAAACGCGACCAGUCCCCAAGACAGAAGCUCUUCGGGGGGAACUAGAUGGACUGUAUGUAAGCUGGGAGUACCAUGUGCAGCAUUGUGUGUAUAUGUGGCAGAAGAUGCACCGGGCUUUGUUGGGACCGGGAAAGGAAGCUAUCGACACUUAUAUCAGUCCAUACAGCCACACAGAGCACUGUGGGAAAAUGCUGCUGAUUCGGGGAGAUGGAUAUGCAUUGAGCGAUAUAAAUACGCGCAUUCGGGUGAAGUUUCCAGAUUGUGGGAUUGAGUAG